GUGGGUGGCCACGUUGCCCUGGAACCAGGUGGCAGCGUCCCUUGAGCCUGGCCCAGCAGCUGCUCCCAGCCCCGCCCUGCUUCCUUGGGGCCUGCAGGACCCCUGGGGCCCUGUCCUUAUUUCUCAGGACCAGGACAGCUGGUGCCUCUGGUCACAAUGAACACUGUUCUCUUCAGGGACAGCCAGGUGAGGGUGAUGGAGAACACAGUGACCAAUGCUGAGAAGUACUUCGGCCAGUUCUGCUCGCUACUGGCUGCCUACACCCGCAAGACGGCCCGGCUGCGCGACAAGGCCGACCAGCUGGUCAAGCAGCUCAUUGACUUCGCCAACACCGAGAACCCCGAGAUGCGGGUCACCCUGAGGAACUUUGCUGAGGACCUGGCCAAAGUGCAGGAUUACCGGCAGGCCCAGGUCGAGAGGCUGGAGGCUAAGGUCGUCAACCCCCUGAAACUCUAUGGGAUGCAGAUAAAGCAGACACGGGCCGAGAUCAAGAAAUUCAAACAUGUCCGGAAUAAUGAGAUCAAACAAUUGGAAAAGCUGGAGAAACUGAGGCAGAAGUCACCUUCCGAUAGGCAAAUGAUUUCUCAGGCAGAGACUAGUGUGCAGAGGGCCUCGGUGGAUGCCAGCCACACCACCCACCAGCUAGAGGAGACGGUGGACGCCUUUCAGAGGCAGAAGCUGAAGGACCUGCAGAAAAUUUUUUCGGACUUUGUAACUAUCGAGAUGGUCUUCCACACGAAAGCAGUGGAGGUGUAUUCCAGUGCCUUCCAGGCCCUGGACAACUAUGACCUGGAGAGAGAUGUAGAGGAUUUUAGAGCCAAGAUGCGUGGAGUUUGUGGGCAUUACAAUGCUCAGCCACUCACGGAUACCACCCCCUCAGCAGCGGUCCCAUGGUCUCUCCCAGCCCAGGCCCUUUGCAGCUCCUCAGCCUCACCGCUCAGAUCUGUUUGGGCCAGAGCAUGAGAAUACAAUGCAGCUACUGACCUCUGCUAAUCAGAACAAGAGAAAGCCCAAACAGUUCAUAAAAUGCAGCCGUGGAACCAAGUUGGAAAGGACUGAUGAAGGCGCCCUGUUUGCAUCAGGUAGGAGCUGGAAUCAGGGUCCAUUCACAACAUCCAAGCCCCCAAAUGCACGGGGUGAACAGCUUGGGCUCAGAGGAUAAGCAGGAUCAGGAUUCCAGCUGGAAAGCGGUCGAGGCAUCUUAGAGGCCUAGACUGAGAUCCAGUCCAGGAGGGGGGCCACUCCAAUCACUACGAUACCCCCAAAUGCCCAAACUGACAAUUCUGGGCUCCAUAGCAUUCAGAGGAACGCUGCCUUUCUUAGCAUUUCCCAUGAGACACACACACACAUCUGGACAAGACCCAAACACUCACCCGAAGUGAUAAAAACAUUCACCCCAGAAAAAAAAGUUUUCUUCUGAAAAGCCACUGAUGUCACUGAGAAGAUUGCAAAUUCUGUGACAAGUCCUCAGAUAUGUGAAAACAAUAAUUAAAGAGACUGAAUUUUUUUUCUCUAAAGAUAAUUUAUUUCAGUUUCCACCUUCUGACAAUCUGAGGUGCGAUAUAUAUAUAGACAUAUAUAUAUAUAUUUUUUUUUUCUUCACAGGAAACAGCUUGAUUUUAGCACUGUUCUGAGAUCCUCAACCUUGAAACUUUCUCAACCUUAAAAUACAGUUUGUACGACAUCACCAGAUGUGACACAAAAUUGCAUAACUGAGACACAUAAAAGACCUGCACCACUGAACUCUACUUUGGGGCUACUAAAGGUGAUGUCCACGUGUGGCAAUGCGAAGUGUAGGUCUGAGACAAACUGGGGUGUAAGGGAAAACAGAUUGUACCCCAAUAGAAGCCACAGUUUACAACAAAGGCGGCUGACUGACCAUGUUCUAACACAUUUACAUAUUUUAAGGGGAUCUACGUCUGUUGUUUGAAUUUCCUAGUAUUCAGACAUUUGGCUUGUCUUUCUCAAGGCGUCCACAGGAAGCGAUGGCCCCAGGCUGGCUCCUGACCUCGGGGGCAGGAGACCCUAAGCCUUGCUGUCUCCAGCACAGGAGCGAUCGGCACCCCACCAGGGUCAGAGCCUCUGUGGAGACGGUGCCCGGUGAGCACUCCCCUUUCUCUUUCCAGAAGCACAUCGUCCAGGGCCAAGGAGAGAAUCGGCACAGUCCCAUUCUAGGACUGACCCACACGUCAAAGGGGAUUUACCGGUUAGUCCUUUCUAGUUAAAGUGCAAACACUGCGCAGGGAGCUCCAGGGGUGUGUGCCGGGUGGGGGUGGUGGGGCGCUCCGGUCUGGCUUUGCCUUGUCAAAGCCUGGAAUCUGCAGGUUCAGACAGGAUCUGGGUUCUCCCCCACGGCACAGAUGUCCGGUGGGAGCUGUGUAUGUGGAAAUGACGGGAAAAUAGGCAAACCUAGAACAUUCUGACUCUCCUGGAAAUGAUGCGUAUCCCUCUUUCCAAUAGGAACGAAGGACAGGCACUGGGAGCUCUGCUCCACUUGAAUCCCGGGGAGCCAGCUAGGGCUGGGGGUGCACUCCUCAGCUCUCCACUCACCCCCCUGCUCAGAGCUCAGACAGACUGGCCAACUUGGGGACACGGGCUAACACCAGGUUACUCAUGGAACAAAGCAGGCUGGCUCCUGAGGUGUUCCUUCCACCCCUCCUAACGAGCAGGACACAUGGGCUCAGGUUGGGCAAGGGAGACCCAGGGCCAGAAUGAGCCCCCCGCCCCCCACACCCCCCCGAGAGCCUGCCUUGGUCUGAGCUUUGAGUGCAUCUGCUAAAUGUGAACCAUCUGGAAAUGAUUCAUCCAUUUGUUCUCCGGAGAACCAACACAUUCCCAUUCCCGGCCACAUGGCAACAAAGACGUACGUGCUGGGACAUGUGGCUGUGUGGCUUGAGUAAAACCUGUUCCUGUCGGGGGUCUGAACAUUGCACAGUAGUCCAUUAGGGGCACUUCCAACCAAUACAACUUCCCUUUACCGUGAAACUCGGCUGAAAGCUUUUCAAGUAAAACCCAGCCUUGAGAAUCAUAAAAAGGAAUAAAUGAUUUACAGGAAAGCAGGGUGAGACGGCUGAGUCAUAAGAGCAAUGGUUAAGGAAAACGGAAAGGCAGGGUGGGGGCGGGAGGGGGCGAGAAGACCAACCCUCGGAGCUGAGGGUCUGUAGGGACCUCCACCCAGCAGCUUCGUCUACAGUUGAGGAAGAUGAGAGAAGAGACGAGCCUGAGACCGCUGGGCGUGGCGGGAGGCGGCUCACGGCACCAUCUCCAGCAGUCGGGGCUGGGCCUUGAGCCCUCCUACCUUCCCUCGCUUCCCGAGUUCUCAUCAUUUUGGGCAAAGGACUGAGCCCCCUACUGCACAGUUGUCUGAAGUUUCAGGUGACUGGUCACCAAGCUGACCUAACCACAGGUCUAGCUGGAUGCUCCCUAAUUAAAAAGCCAAAGGUUAGGGUGCUGUUACACGCAGGAAGACCAGGCUUGCAGCUUGCGGCCCUGGCUUCCAGUUCCAGACACCUGGGUUAGACGAAACCUCUUACAACCUCCUCUGUGGAGGGAACGCUGUACCUUUUACAUCAGGAGGCUGGAAUACCAGGGGCCCCGGCUGAUAAAUGAACCCACAUACAAUAGUCCCGGAAAAGCACACCUCAAGCUGUGCCUUCUUGCCACACCGUGAAGCCCACUGUCUCACUGAGUGUGGAGAGGUGAGAAUAGGACCCAAAGGUGGUGCUUCUGAUUCUCGCCCUGGCUUCUAUCCUAGACCCACCACGGCUCGCUGGGUUAACCUGAACACUGCAGGCUUUCAUUUGGGUACAAAAUUCAGGAAGUGGACUCUUUCUAGUCCUCCUUUUGGUACUUUAAGAAUGCCUCAGCCCACUUUUUUUGUUUUGGUCUUUUGGCAACAGGAAAAUCAAAGUCUACUCCAUUUCACGGUACAAAUAACUUACACUAUCAGAAUCUGGCUCCCCUGCCUUUGGUUAAACGCGCACGCAUUCGCACACACACAGCAGAUGCUAUCUGAAUAGCAACGUGGCCCCUCUGGAUCCAUCGAUAUUGCUAACAUUAUAACAAAGGCUAAAAACACAUCAGGCCGUGUCUCAGCCUCACCUCGUUUUCUGAGCGGGGAACUUUGUCCUUGAGAGUGAGCUGUCCUUUGGCUCACUCUGAUUCACACAGCCCUGAGGGACCGACGACAGAACAUCUGAAGUGACGCUGCUAAUGGCAGGCCUUCAAAGCUCCCAGCUUGGGACACGCCACCUGCUGGUCCUGGAAAGUCCCUUCUUGGAUAUGCUCUGUGCUUCCUGCACUGAGUAAGGUUCCUGAGUCGAUAGGAAGGGCUACCAGAGCUCUCUCUGACCAAAGCAUCCUGUGUGUGCACUGGGUCACCAGCUCCCCAUGCUGGCUGGUACCUCAGAGGGUGUGUCUUGUGUCUGCUCUGACCAGGCGGAGGGAAGAGAAUGUCACAGGGAGGGGAGAGGGAGUAUCAGUGAGGCCAGCUGCCAGCCCCCUGCCAGGAAUGCUGUGCUUCUCCAGGUGACACGGGCCAGACACACUCCACGAUGAAAUGCUCAGCCCCAGGCAGCUGCCAACAGGAAACAGGCAGCCACCGAGCCCCCUGCACUGGUCACACCAAGGCGCCCGCUGACCCUGCCAGCGUCCCCGUGUGGGGCUGAGCAUGGCAGGCAGUUCCUCUGGGUCACACGUACUCUACCCUGAGGAGCUGGACUUAGGAGCACAAGGAGUGAGGGGAAAAACCAAAGCAACCCUUGCUUCCACCUUCAACUGCUAUCUCAAGAGGUUUAUUAAAAAAAAAAAAAAAAAA